AUGGGUGACAUCGAAAAGCAAACAGAGAACUCCGUUAAAGGCCUUCGAGAACAAUUACAGAACAUGCCAGUCAACAUGCGAAUUUUUUCUCUUUGCAUGAGAUCCCUUUACUCAGAUGGGGCUCUUGGCACCAGUUCCGAAGGCGCUAGAAAGUUUAGGGAACUCCGAGACAACACGAGAAACGACGCAAUGGUAUACCUUAAAGGUGUUCUGCCGCUUUCGACUAAACUGGUUUCAUCCAUCAGCGAUUACUUUGAGUAUUAUGGAGCCCUGGAGUACGAAGAAUGGCGUGAGAUGCUGUCUGAUAUCCUUGAAGAGACCACUGGCUACAGGGAACUGUGCCAAACACUACUGCAGAUGCACGAAGAUAUCUUGGUUCCACUUAAAGAGAGAGAAGACCAGGCCCGUGUAAUUAUAGAAGAAUUGAAACACCUUCAAGAGGAAUUUGAAAGGAAGAAGAAAGAGCUAGAAGACAUGGCAGGUACAAAACGCUCCUGGGCGAUUGGACUUGCCUUUAUACCGUUUGUAAACCUUAUCGCGAGCCCUAUGUUGUCUGCUGCUGCUGAAUCAGAUCUGGCUGAUGCUGUUGCUAAAGGCUGCGAGGCAAAAAUUCAAGAAGCCGCCGCAAUCACAGUCAGCAACACCCUCAUCCCUGCGUUGAGGGGCUUUAUAGAUGGUAUCUCCAACGCAGCUGCUUUCUUCGCCGUCAUGGAACAGGAGUUAAAAAAGUUUGAAGGAAAAGCUGAGAAAAGCAAGAGCGACAGCAAGAAACUGUACUUCAAAGUUAUGAAGGCACAAGCAAGAGAUAUGAAGUCCCUUUGCCAAGGCUUCUACGCGGUUAUACCAGCCGUCAGAACCGAUUUCCUAGCCAUUCCAACCGAGGGAACAGACCAGAACUACAUCGACAGGUGGCUGGAAAAGCAGAAGAAAACCAUUCAAGAAAAAUGUUCAAUUCGAAAGCUAGCGAGAAAGCUUCUGUUAGCCAUCACAGCCCCAGAUGAGAGCGAGUGAAAAGUGGAAAGAACAAGAUCGAGUGUGACUCUAAGGAACAUCUUAAUGGAAACAGUAUGAUUUUUGUCUUUUUGUCUUUUUGUCUUUUUUACAUAUAUAUUGGAGUAAGUGUAGUUAAAUGCAGCAGUAAAACUAAUUUUUAACGUGAUUCAAUUCGGCAUUAGGGGUGGCAAUGACUACGAAGUUAUCGGAAUUGCUUCGUCUACGAUUUGAUUUUGUUACCUUUGUUAAUUGUUCAUAGAGUGUGAGCGAGACUUUCACCCGAUCCGAUGAGGUAUUUGGUAGUGUUAGAGUGCCUUCCGAAGGAUCUCGUUAUUAGUACUUUUCUUUUGGGUUUCGUCUGAUCACCCAUUAAAAAGAGCUCUAACUGACGUAGAGACUUAGUAGAGCAAGAAUGCAGAGCUUUGAAUUAAAUAUUUCAGUCAUUACUUUUCACGGAAAUAAAUCAGUAGAGAGCUUAUUAAUGCACAGUCCUGUAAGGAACUAUGGAGGAGUUGGGAUAUCACGGCAGCGAGGCCUAUGAAGGAGGUGAUUAAAAAACAGAUGUCUAUCUUCAGCAUUUUGCCAGUACCUCGAUGUGUUAACCGUCUCUACCGGCGUUAGACCUCCUCGUGGAUGACAUGUAAAUGAAGUGUUAAGUUCGGGCUGGAAACGUGUUGAUUUGGCUUUGCAGCUCAGACUGCAAAUAAUUUUUUAAAAAUUGUGUAGUUUCACAUCGUUUCUUAGAACGGGGAGGAAAUCUACAAAGUUUUAGAACGCAUGUGCAGAGCAGUUGUUCUGCCCGUUACAAGUUUUGUUUCACCUUGUUCUCGUUCUCGCUGCCGUCGUUUUGUAUAAGUCCCCAUUAGCGACUGGAAGAGGAGUUCUACGGAGUUGUAACAAUCUGCUAUAAGAAUUCAACUCAUGAUAGAACUCCGAGAUUGAAGUUUUAUUUCUGCUAUGUUUUUUAAAAUUGACAGGUUUUUUAUAUUAAGUCUAUAUUAAAUCAUUAUUCAUAACUUUUUAUAGGAGCGUUAUUAUUUUAAUCUUAUAAUCAAAUAAGUUCAGGACACACAUUAUCAUGUGGUGUCAACUGUAAUCAAAAGUGAGUGAUUGUGCAAAGGUUUGUAAUUGAUUAAGUUUUAAUAAAGACUUCACAGAUGUUCCACAGAAUGCGUCAGAAUUUUCUUUACCCCGGGGAAUUCAGGCUUAGAAUCGAGCAAUAGAGACCUUGCCAACGAACGUCAGUGGGUCAACCAAAGAGGAAAAAAAGAUCUGUUAUUAAAAGUUGACUCAGUUACAUUUUUUCCAGGUAAAUUAACUUUGAGCUCCUUUCUGGUUGAAAGGAUUAACUAGGUUUAACUGUGUCCGGGUGAAAACUUGUCAACAUGUUUGCCGUAUUGGAAAAACAACAUCUUCAAGUCGUUAAUUAUUUCAAUAGAAAAGAAUGAGCUCUGAAAUUCAAUGUACAAAGUUUUAUCAUAUCCUGGUCGAGCCCCUCCCAAGAAAUUCAUUGAAAACCUUCCUGUCGGGCUCUCGAAAAUGCGCGUAACACGCGCGUAAGAGAACAGACAGCAAAGAGAAACUUCCUGCUCGCGCGUUCCGAUCUAAAUCACUGGAAAUCCAUCAACGAGGCGCCCGUUUCUUGAAAUCAAAGUAUUGAUAACCUCGCAAGAUGGGAUUAAGUCAAUUCAUUCAGAGAAUAAUAUGCAUCCCUGCAUGUGUCAUAAAUUUUCAGUUCUAAAGCAGUAAUGAUCAUGACACCACCAGGGUAACUUGCGUUACUCAGCAAAUGAAUUGGCCCGAACUUUUAACCAACAAGUUUGAGGAGUAUUGUAGCAGGAUAAUUUUUCUAACGGAUUAUGAACUUUUUUCAAAUUGGUGGCUGAAAGACAAACCAUUACUUAGGAUAUCGACAUACAAGUACCCACAUAGGUACAUUUUCUUUGCAAAUUUUAAAAAAGGUCAAAUUGUCGAGCGUCUCUUCAGCUGAGAAAAUUUAAUUUUAAAUUUAUGUAUCUAACCCCAUCAUACUGACGUGCAAUUUUUGGCACGUGCGAGUCGAACCGUAUACUUUCUCAUAACGAGUUUUACCUUUUCCCAAGGAAAAAUUUGAUCCAGAUCUUCAUUUCAAAAAAGAUCUAUUUUAUGAAUUAAAGAAAACUCGACCUUUGCACACAAUUAUCAAUAGAAUCAUUUUAUAUAACUUAAACAUAGUUAAGGAGGAUGACGUUUGAUUUGAGAUUUCUCUCUCGCCUAACAUUGGGCACGAGUCGCUAGGUUAAUAUCCCAGCGGGCGAAGUUUGCUUUUUUUUAAACAAUUUUGAUCUUAGCGAAAAUAGCACGCCGACUAAACGAGCUUAUGGCACCUGUUUUUAAAUCUUUAGUGAUCUUGUUUGGCAGUUGAUUGUGUUGGUGAGACGUAUAAUCAUGUUCGUCGACACAACAGAUUUCCUAAGAGUGAGUGGGCGAUGACAAAAUGUGGCCGGAACGUGUAAGUUUAAACAAGAAGCGUGCAAACUUGAACAACACUUGUUCAAAAGUUGUAUACCUAAAAAAAGUAUCUUGCCGCUUUCGACCGAAUUGCUUUGCAUGUAACAGCGAGUAAUUUUGAGUAUUAUGAAGUUCUGGAGUACAAAGAAUUUCGUGGGCGGAUUCCUGACAUCCUUGAAGAAACCAUUAGCUACAAGGAGCUGUGUCCAACGGCAUUGAAAAUGCACUGA